CGAGUCCUCAGUAUUAUGGCAGUAUUUUUUUAGACAACGAUCUCGCUAUAUCUAAGAAUUCAAAUAAUUAUAAUAAAAUGUACAAUUCCUUGACAAAUGUAGUGUUUGUAAUUUGUCUCUGUGCUGAAACAAUUUGUGCUGUGAGUAAUGUUGAUACGAGAAUUUUGUCCCGAAGGAAGCGAUACGUCGCUUUCCCAGAAGGUUCCAGUUUCUCAUGUGCAGGAUGUAUGACAGUUGGAGUAAUAGGUCAACCAGCGCCAACGACUGCUCCGGGAACAUUCACCUUCGGCUUAAAUUGGGGCAUAGCGUACGAGUUACCGAAUAAUACCGAGACAGCUCUAUUUUAUCGAAGUAAAAAGCACAAGAGUAUAGCACAGAGGAGAAGCAGGAGAGAAUUAUAUGAGAAAUUGGAGGUCAUAUUGGAUAACAUGGGAUACAGUGGCCGACAAUGUAUAUUGAAGACCCUUUGCGAAACGACUCAGCGAAUCGUGCCCCACGGCGGAAACAUGGUUGAGGAAAUAUUCAGGACUUUGUUUACCAUGCCUAUGACGAAGGUUCUACCAACGGAGCCUUUAGAGCAUACUAUAUAUGAUGCAGCACACCGACUAGGAUCUCUAUUGAAGUCCUGCGAUACUUUCAACUGUCCUUUGUCCUUGGUUGACUUGGCCAAAGGCUAUUAUAAUGCACCAGCCCCGAAUGUUGACACCGCCAAGAGUCCCUGGGCAUUAUUUAGCAGUAGCUUCGGUUAAGUAGCAUUUAUAAACGUAAUAUUCUGAGAUAUUAUAAAAAAGUUUGUAUUCGUCUCAAUUAAAUAACUUGCGUUUCAUAUUGUAUUAAUUUUAGAAUAAAUGUCAGUGAACACUUACUUAUUUAUUCUGCUUUAUCACGCAAUAUCGCAGGAUAAAUGAAUUUUAAUAUUUUUUGUUGAUUAAAUUAUGAAAUCAAAUGUUUUUGUAUCUAUGUAUCCUAAUAAUUUUAGCAUAUUAAUUUACAUAUAUUUG